CGUAAGCCAGCGGAGAAUAAGGACAGAUACACAAUAGUCUACAGCCACUCAAAUGGUAUGGAUUUAGGACCCUGGUUCAGGUAUUUACGGCGCUUAGGCAAGAGAUGUGAGAGUAAUGUCUUUGCCUAUGAGUACUCGGGUUAUGGACUGAGUGGUGGCCGUCCGUCUGAACGCAAUCUAUACGCCGAUAUUGAGUCCGUCGUUAAGACAUUGGUUUGCGAUAAACACAUGAAUUGUAAACGUAUUAUACUAUUGGGAGAGAGUAUUGGUUCCGUUCCCUCCAUUCAUUUGGCGUCGAGUAUAUCAAUGGCCGGAGUUAUACUCAAAGCGCCCCUGAUGUCCGGAAUUAGGACUAUGUUUGAUUACUCGGGAAACACUUGGACCUUUGAUCCCUUUCCCAACAUUGAGCUCAUAUCAAAAGUCGAUUGCCCGAUCCUUAUAAUUCACGGCACAGAAGACGAAGUGAUAGAUAUAUCGCACGGAAUAUCACUGUAUAAGCGGUGCAGACAUCCAGUGUCUCCCCUAUGGGUCUCCGGUAGGAAUCACUCCACUCUCCGACUCGAUGAACAGUUUUUCCCCAGAAUUCAGUUAUUUAUUACAGAAAUUGAAAACUUUCACAAAAAUCAGUCAAUAAAAGUUUGA